AUAGUGGAGUAAAAAUGUCCAAGAUCAUGACAAAACCAGUGAGACCUACGUUAAAAGUGACCCCGCCAUCGCGAGCGAUGAAUCAGUCAAGUUCCACAACCAGGAGGAGCGUUAAUGCGUCUGUGAGCCGAAAGAAAUUCUCAGUAGCGAGAGACAGUAAAGUUCUUGAUAAAACCUCGAUUCAACCCCCUAAACAAACUGCACAGGUGUUUGAUGAAACAGGAAAGGACAUCACUCCUCGGCCUCUCUACCAGCUGGAACCCGGAGCGAUGCAAACCAAACAGAGCAAACUAUUCGCAAGACACGAUGCAUCAGACGGCACUUUCUCCGACUUCCUGUCCACGGCGUACCACACCAGGAGCAUGAGCUCUGCAGAACCAUUUACCAUGUCUGUUCUUGGGAGUAGUUUUGUGUCGAGGACGAGUCACUCUAUGACCGAGUCAGUGAGCGAUGAAAAUGAGGAGCCUUUCGCUAAACUGGAAACUUUGACGAGUCUCUCAGAACCAGACAUCGAGAGAGAGGAGCAAAUCGAGGAGCACAUGCUGGAUAAACCAGUGGACAUUUACCUCACAGAGACUGAGACCAUGUGCUUCCUGGACAUUCAUGGAGUGUGUGUAUCUGCUGGCACACAAGAGGCUGAUGCGCUAAAGGAAAGGAACAAGUUAUAUACAGAAUUUUGUAAGAACAAAAAGGGCGAUGAUAGAUUCGUGGAGCGAGAAAUGCAGAUGAUUAACGCACCAACGAUAUGUAAACAAACCCAAAGUAAUCCAAUCACCACCGAGGAAAAAGAUUGCAUGGCCACCAGAUGGGACAUCUAUGAUCUGACUGUGGGCAGCAGUGUGGCAGAAGAGCCAGGCAGCAAUCCAGAUGAAGAGAAACCCAGAAUCCCAGAUGUCUCCUCCACUCAUCAGUCAAAAAGCAGUCUCCAGAGGACCAUGUCUAGAGACAGUGCCACCAGCACAGCCUAUUUAGCAAGUAUCUCUAGCUCCCUAAGAGAAAUGGAGACUUCCACAGUGCACAUGGUGGUUGAGCCAGACCCAGAGCAGAUCCUGCACUCAGAGAAGUUCCGGCAGUCUCUGAAGGUGAUGGAGAGGAUGGUUCUCAUGAAUACCAACCAACACAAACUAGCUGCCUACAGAGGGCUGUCCAUACUGAAGGAUCCAGACCAUAUAGAGGAGGAAGCAGAAGUUACAGAACAUGAUACACUCAGCCCUGCUCUGGAGCUCCUCUGGACCUUCAGCUGUGAGCUAACCAAAGGCUACCGUGUCAGCAGCAUGGCCUGGAACAAGAAAUGUCCAAACACCCUGGCGGUGGGAUAUGGGCAGUUUGAUCACAAGAGUCAGAGAUCUGGACUGGUCUGCGUCUGGUCUCUGAAGAAUCUUACUUGGCCUGAGCGGAUUUUCAAGUGUAAAACCAGUGUAACAUCUCUGGACUUCUCAACGUCUAACCCCAGUCAGUUAGCAGUGGGCAUGUAUGAUGGCACCAUCGCCAUCUACAGCGUGAAAAGCGCAGAAGAAGCACUGCUCUGUGACAGCAGGGACUGUGCCAACAAACACAUGGCUCCAGUGUGGCAGGUGAAGUGGGUCGAAAGGAUACAGAGUUUAUCAGGAGAGGACAAAAGAGAGAGACUGUUCUCCGUGUCUGCUGAAGGAAGGAUCCUUGAAUGGUGCCUUCACCAAGGCCUUGACUGCACCGAAAUAAUGAGGCUGAAGAGGAUAAGAAAUGAGGAAAAAAAGCAACUGAGGAAGGAGAAGCCGUUGAUCUUCCACUGGGCGGUUGGACUGUGCUUCGACUUUCACUACAAUGAUCCCAACAUAUAUCUGGUUGGAACGGAGGAUGGAUAUAUUCAUGAAUGCUCCUGUUCGUACACUGAGCAGUUCUUGGAGACCUACUCAAAACACUUAGGUCCAGUCUACAAGGUCACAUGGUCACCAUUUUGUCCAGAUGUCUUUCUCAGCUGUUCUUCAGACUGGACCAUUCAGCUUUGGAGUAAGGAACACUUUAGUCAACUGCUGAGCUUUACCUCCAUUAAGAAAGCUGUGUAUGAUGUUGUUUGGUCCCCUCGCUGGGCCACUGUGUUCGGGGUGGUCAACAAGGACAGAGUGGAAAUCUGGGAUAUGGGAGUUAGCAGUCUGAGUCCAACAUUAGUAAGUGAGACCAUUCCAGGGGUUGAACCAACUUCCAUGCUAUUUGCCAUAAAUACGGACUGUAUUUUAGUUGGGGACAGUGAGGGCCGAGUCAGCGUCUACAAGCUGAAGAACUUCUCAGCAGGAGAAGGAACAGAGGUGGAAACAAUGAAGAACAUAGUCAGCUCCAAACUGCACAGUCAGCUCUAAAUGUGAAUUAUCUUAACUCUGAACCAUCAUCUUUGAGGACGAAAUGUGGUCAGUAAAGAAAUUUGAAUGAUCGUGAUCAGAGAUGACUCAAGCGUUUGGUAAAAUCAUAAAAACAACUGUAGAAUCCACUCCUAUGUUUAAUAGUAAACGUAAGAGCAUCACAUGCACAAUAUAAAGAGAACUCAAGGGACUGGGACUAAACAGCUGUGUAGCCUAAAUCACUUAUCAAUGCGGCUGAUCAGAAAAAUGGCUACGGAGCAUAAAGACUGGACUGUGGAGCAUUGGGAAAAGGUUAUGUGGUCUGAUGA